AUGGACAGCAACAGAGAUAGAUCAUCGCGCCGCCCGAACCAGACAGCUCGAUCAAAACAUCGCCAGUCUCUAUCACUUUCUAUUAGGACCGCCAACCAUGUAACCCCGCCAGCAAUCCAGCAAGCUACCCCGCCAUCUCAACCGUACCCACACUAUCCUCUACCCAUCCCAAAAGAUAAGGAAGCAAGAGCUUUGGAGCUCUACACACAAUACUGCGACGCGCAGCUGAAAGAGAAGGUCGAAACAAGUCAUAUUGAACCUCAAUCUACGGCCAGCCAUCGUGGAGGCUAUCAUUUGACGGUGCCUGGACCACCCACUGCCCACUCCGUGGUUUCAUUUACGUCUUCAAAAUACAGCUUAGCCACUUCAGCCUACGAUGGUAUUACAGACUUAUCCUCCGUCGUCUCAUUUGACGACGAAGAUGAACCGACUUCUGCCGCCGUGAAGGCGGAAGGCGAAUUGAUGUCCUUUGAUGGCAAGAGGAUCAAACAACGGACAAGGAAGAAGCUUUCUCCUGUAGCAAGGGCGAAAGCUGCUUUGGUAAGACACUUGGGAUCAUGCUGGGUAUGUCGUAGUCGGAGAGUCAAGUGCCCUCUAGAACACCACGACAUAGACGUCCUCGAAAGACUCCGCCAGAAACGCUUCGAGACGCAACGGCCGAAAGUGGAAAAUAACUCUGGCUCCUCUAUCUCGACCUCUUCACAACAAACGGCGACGUCCGUUAAUGCAUGGCCAGUUACCGAGUCGAGCUUCUCACAAACCGAUGAUCUAAUGGGUAUCGGAGGAGGAAUUGGUGGAGAUAUUAAAGCAACACUAGGGAAUCUGGAUACAAGCCAACUUGACAUACAAUCACCAGGAGGUGCUGCAUACGCUGACAUAAGUCUCGACAUCCCUGACGCAGUCUCCAACUCACUAUCUGUCGCACCCAACCUACCAGACUUUGGACCUAGCCCCUAUACCACUUACCAAGACGGUCAAAUGUUCGGCAUAGGUGUCCAGCGGAACGGCUAUUUCUGCUGUCAACAUCUUGACGGAAUCUGUCUCGAGUACUUCCCCACUGACGAAGAACUCCUCGUCCAUUUCGAACUCGCCCACUUUUCCUUCACGCGCAUCAGCCCCGCGCACCGCUACGUCUGCCUCACUUGUACAUAUCUAAAUAACGACCUCAUUGGUCCAUGUUCAAAUUGCCAGUCUGUAGGCACGAUCGAACUUUGGAUAUAUGGAAACUAUAUCCGCAAUCCGUCGUUCCAGCGGCAUGCUCCCGAUGGGCAGAAUCUUGAUCUCGAUAUAACGAAUUGGACACCGACGACUCUCUUUUCGGAGACGUACACGACGAGUAAUUUUGAGCCGUGGGACAGAGAUCUGAAUGGUGGUGGUGGGUUUGGGGGCGGUUAUACCGACACGAAUGGCGCUGGCGAUUAUGGGUUUGAUUCCCAAGGUGGUGGUGGAAAUGGGAACUUUGGAGGCUCGCAGUACGACUAUCAGCCGAGCAACCAUUCGAGUUAUAGUACGAAUCGGUAUCAGGGGAAUGGGUUUGGAAAUGCGAGACAAUUGGCUGGUUGCACCCCAUAUGAACAAUCCGAGGUGCGGAUUGUGUUCGGCAAACUCGAGCAACAUCAACAUCACGCUCGGACUCGUCAACAUAAAGCCCUCAUCGCCCUUCUCGCUACCUUCGUCCUCGCUGUCUUCGCUCUCAGUCUCUUAUACACCUGGCCUCUCCUGAUUACCAAGGCACAGCAAACUCUUCCAUAUUUCGUGAACACAUUGCAGUCGCACAUCCAAUUGCUUGGAUUUCUCGGAAUGAUAGGAGGUGCAGGGACAUGUUUUUCUGUCAAGACGUUAGCCGAUCAGCGGUUGAGUCUAAGGAAGUUGGGGCAUCUGAGAUACGGGGGAUCUGGUGGGAGGUUAGAGAGGAGAUCUAGGCGCAGCCGAACAGCACAUGCUACAUUCGUGCUUGGUGGUGGAUUUUCAUGA